GGCUAUGGUAGAGAGGCAUUAUCAAUAUGAAUAUGAAUAUCAAGUAUCAAGGGCUAUAUACCACGAGUCUAUGAUUGGAGAGUGUGUCUGGCACACCCAUCUGUCAAGGGCAUAGUCUCUCAAACAAACACUAAUAUUCUACAGACUAGAUAACUUUUUCUCCCAGCACCAACGUGAAAAUGUCCGCUGUUUCUGCAACUUCUGGAAUUUCCUUGUCUUCUACAAUCAUCCCCCAUGAAGGGUUCAAAGGAGGAUUGAAAUCUAUCCCCGUCUCACCAUGGAAAUCCCAUGAAACACGAGUAAGAAGAGGUGGUGCAACUGUUGUUACGGCAAAGUUUGACUUGAAGCCCCCUCCGUAUCCAUUCGAUGCCUUGGAGCCUAUCAUGAGCAAACAGACAUUUGACUUUCAUUGGGGGAAGCAUCACAGAGCAUAUGUGGAUAACUUGAACAAGCAGAUAGUUGGUACAGAACUAGACGAGUUGCCACUCGAAGAAGUCAUACGUAUCACAUAUAACAAAGGCGAUUUUCUUCCGUCUUUCAAUAAUGCAGCUCAGGCCUGGAACCAUGAAUUCUUUUGGGAGUCGAUGAAGCCUGGUGGUGGAGGAAAGCCUUCUGGCGAGCUUUUGGCGCAAAUUGAAAAGGAUUUUGGUUCUUUUGAAACAUUUACUUCUGAAUUCAAGACUGCUGCAGCUACACAGUUUGGAUCUGGCUGGGCUUGGCUAGUUUACAAAUCUAACACGUUGGAUGUCGGAAAUGCAGUAAAUCCCAAGCCAUCAGAAGAUGACAAGAAGCUCUUAAUUGUCAAGACCCCAAAUGCUGUAACCCCUCUUGUUUGGGAUUACUAUCCUCUUCUUACCAUUGAUGUUUGGGAGCAUGCAUACUAUUUGGACUACCAGAACCGAAGGCCUGAUUACAUUUCGAUCUUCAUGGAAAAACUUGUUUCCUGGGAUGCUGUAAAUGCAAGAUAUGAGGCAGCAAAGGCUUGUGCUGCUGAGUAAGAGAAAGCUGCAGCAUGGGAAUCAACAAAUGGGCUAGUAAGAUGGUCCGAAUGGUGACCGUGUGAUCAAAUUAGCCGAUGGCACGAGUGACUAAUUGAUGUGCACUCUACUGUCUAAAGCCUAGCCAAACUGUUGUAGUUGAACCAUAGCAUUUGCUAAUGCAGAAUGUAUGUCUGAAUCUAAAGGGUGCAUUUUAGUUUCCAUUGUAACGCCUGCCAUGCAUGUAAAAUAAAAGCAUCGCAUGACUUCAUAGAGGUACUUGUUUGAACCUAUAAUAAUGCGGAGUUAUUGAGAAUGUCUUGUUAAAGCUUUUGAUAUUGUUAUCAUUGAAGUUGUUAAA